GAGCCAUGAGCCUUGUGAGGUGCUGUUGUCGCCAUCAGAAUCGUCCAAUCGACCAAGCUUACAAACCUCAGUGAGGUUUUUUCUUCUUGGGGAAUAUGUUUUGGCCUCCCAAGUCAGAAUGUGUUUGCGAUGAACAGAAAACCCAACAAUAAGAGAAGGAAGCAACAUACAUGUCAUGUAUACAUGAAGCGUAACAUUAAAGUUCAUCCAUUAUAAAGUCUUUGGUUUCUUUCCUCAUGUUCUUCCGCAAAAGACCAAAGCCAUGUUUUCCUCUCUGAAGAGCGAAGUCGGUGCCCAGGUCGGUCGUGACGGAAGAACCAGGAUGCGAAGUCGGCAGGUCGACGGCGGCCGCUUUCGCGGUUCGGACGCUGAGCGCCUCUCGAGGCGCCGUGAACCGUCCGACUGGGACGGUUUGGGACGUGGACUCCGCGGAAGACGAAACGUGAGAAUGAAGAAAUGGACACGUGAAGGACAAAGAAUCUGAACAUGGUAGGUCAAUUAUGGUGUAGUUACUGGGUAAAUUACCAUGGACCAGUUUGCAAUACAUGGUAAGUAUCGUUUUAGAAAAGGAUAAAGAACAGCACGACACAUCGCAUCGACCGUGAACUGAUCGCAUCGCAUCGACACUUCCGGGGUGCCGGGUCGUUUCAGAAACGUGGGCCUCGAGGGCCUCCGCCGGUGUUUCCGGAGGCGUCCCGUUGAACGUCCCGUGUUCCGGGUUUUUGUUGGAUGUAAAGCUGCUUGGGUUCCAGUCUGAUGUGUUGUUUUUUUAAACAUAUUUUGGAGGAUCAGCUAUCCAAAAGACGGCCAAACUUCCUCCUAUCAAGACAGAGGUCACUUAGUAAGGCUAUAAGGUCGACUUACCAGGAUCGUCUGGGUGUCCUGGCUAGACUACCGUAUACCCUACAUCAACAGGUCUGACGGUUUAGUCACCCGUUGAGUACGGCUAUAGUCUUGACGGUUUGGUUUGGCCUCAAGUGCUUCUGAAUUGGCCGACUGCGGGCCGACAGGUCGACGUCGCGACUGUCGGACAGCGCGGACCGCGUCACGUCGUCUGAGCGUCGUGAAGGGAGACUUAGGAACUUCGUCGAGUGAAGUAGAAGUUGGAUGAAGUUUUGGCAAUCAGGCCCUAUGUUUAUUAGUACCGAACCUCAGAAGGUACGACUGGACCCUCCUGGCUGGCACCUAACAGUGCCUCCGUCCUCACCUUCUCACCGAGGAUCGUCCAGUUUUCGAAGUGCUGUUCCCGGUCCACUGGACCGGGACCGGGUGUCCGCGCCGGUUCCGAACCCCAAGCACGACAACAGACCAGCGAAACGCUGUUUUGUGUUGCAGAAAGAGGAUGGGAGAAGGUGUAUCCAUCCAGCGAACAUGCAAUUCGAUGAACACCCGUGUUUUCAUGCUGCAAUUCUUUCACAGAUCUCAACCUCCAGAUCUUUCAGCACACGAACGUCGCCAUUCUCAGUGCCAUGGACAUGGUGCUGUUGUGGCGGCUCUUUUUGACCUUCUUUGUUGGGCAAGCCCAGGAAGAACCUCCUUGUGUGGAUCUACUUCAGCAUCAGCUUCACUUGGAGAAUGCUUCCAUGAUGGCCAUCGACACCGGCCAUGUGGCACAGCAGGCCCCGGCGGGGCCACUGGUGCCCGUGGCGCCGGCACCGCCACCGGUUCCAGCACUCACAAAUCCGGGGUUGAAAGCCAAUGUGGUCAGCUACCAGCUGUGGCAAGCAAAGACCCAGAUCAAUCUGAAUGUGCAGAACAACAUCAAUGAAGCGCCGCCAAAGGAGCCUUCUUGGGAAGAUGGAGACAAGUGGGCCAACGCCAUCGGCGCAUCUCAAGGACUUGCUCAAAGCAUUCAAAGCUGCGCGGCGACCUCCUCGACCGCAACGCCCGGCUGGACCGGCUCGUGUAUUAACACUAUCGGAAAUAAUGCUCUUCAGGUGACCAGCCAGGUGAUGAUGCUUGCAGACGUCUGUAUACCGGAAGGUAUCGUAGCCGCCGGGGUGGGCGAGAUGGUGAUCUCGCUUCUCUUCGGCGGCAGCAGCAGCAGCAGCAGUCCGAGUCCCCCCCCAAUGAAUGCUCAACAAUUGGUGGACGCCGUUGAGCUUGGAACUUUGUCGACGACCUGUACGUUAAUGUCGAAUUCUGUGCAGGAUGUCAUUGCUAGCUUGCAGACAAUCCUCUCUGCCACAUCGCAAAACUAUUGGUCGGUGUCAAAUUGGGAUACUUGGACUGGAUCAUCUCCUCAAUCGAUCCUCUAUGCUCAACAGCAGUUGCUUACGUUUGCACAAGAUUGCAUUCAGACCUAUGCGCAAACCACCUUUUUGAAGAGUACGAGUGACUUCGUUGGAUCCUUUAGCCCUCAGUGCAAGAGCACGUGCGGCACGGAGGAUGCGUACAAUCAACAUUAUACGGCUUGCAGCGGGGGUGCACAGCAACUUAACCAAUGGCUAACGACUUGGGACGCGAAUGUGCAGUUGUUUCUGAAUGCAACCUCACUUUUUGGCGCCGCGCGCUCCGCUGUCCAAGCUAUAGCAAGAGCCAAUGUCCUGGACUACACUCUGUCGGAAGUGAAUACUUACAAAAACUUUAUCGCAAGCACUCAGUCGCUCACACCAUGGGUGCUUUUGCUUACGAAGCUUCAACAUGACAUGUGUGACCAUUGCUAUGGGAGCCAGCAGUGGCCAAUCAUCAAGUGCAGUGGGAGUGGCAGCCAAGAACAAAGAGAAAAGAUGAUCACCUUGAUGGGGCAAAUGGUCACAAACACGUUGAAGGGAUUUGACGAUAUGGGUCUUACUACAAGCGUGGACACAAGUUGGGUUGACUUGCCGUGCAAAUCUUGUCCUCCAGGCUGGAUUCCUGUCGGAAAAUGUGAACAAACAAAUCCCGGUGCGGCUUGGUUCGAUGGUGGAACCCAGAGCUGUGUGUCUAGCUGUGGAUGCAUGGAACACGUCAACAAAGGUUGCUACAAGGUUUUUGCAGAUUUGGCAAACCAAAACCCCUGGCCCCUCCCCCCCACUGCCGUCACCUCCAGCCACCGGGCCGCCGAUCAGAAUCAAUGUGACCAUGAUCCAACACAACGGCCUGUGUGUGCAUCAUACUUCGAAGGCCCUUCUUCACUCGUGCAGCUCCUCAUCAGACAAGAAGCUCUUUGCGGUGAUGUCCCAGAACUUCCUCUUCCCGGACCCCAGUUCCAGCACACCGAUCUCUUCCACGUCAGAGCCUUAUUGCUUCUUUGCAAAGGAGGGGGCCCUCGACAUUGGCACAGGCAGCGACUGCCAAAGCGGUUGGCAGUUCCAACAUGUGGCAGCGAAUGGCGCAGGAUCUCCACCCGGCACUUGGCCUGUGCAGAUUGUCGCCAAUGGUUUGUGUUGGACGGUGUCCGGCUCAUCACUUGUACUAUCCAAGUGUGCACAGGCCAGCGCUCAGCAGACUUUUGUACUCGUUCAGCCUUAGAUGGCCGAUCUUUUCACAUCUUUUCACAUCUGUUCGAAAAGGACAGAGUUAUCAGAGUUCUACCCACAGUUUGCUCGGUAAUAAAAGACACCGAUGUUGGAGCGAGUUGGUGGGUAUGGCGUGGUCGGGAGCUGCCACGACGGUGGAACUCUGGCUUCCACACCAGCAGUCACCAUUCUCGGGGAAUUGGAUGUGGAUAUUAUAUAUAUAUAAUAUAUAAUACGAUAAAUAUCCUCAGUUGGUCGCGUGAACGCAGAAAACACAUGUGAAGAUGGUGCCAUGUGUUUGUUCGAAAUUCACGCUUUUCGGACAGACAGCGCCCAGGUCGUCUUCCCUCGUCCGCUCUCCAGCGACACGGUGCCGGGAUGAUCCUCUCGACUUCGGCAUCCGAGCGGGCAGACUUGGUCGGGGGCGUGCGGCAGUUGGAUCCGUCCGAUGUGGAUCGAAAUCAGUCCUCGACUUCUGGAUCACACGGAUGUACCGUGGUAUACUUUGAAAGAUGGGAGUACCCAGACACGAGUCUGCGACUGCCGGACUGCCCCAGAAAGACCACCCCGGUCGGCCGUUUCUCGGCAGUCCUAUGGCAGUCCCAUGGAGUGUUUGGGAUAGAUCGAUGGUUAUAGAUGGUACAGUAUGGCAAAUUUAGGAUUUGUCCAGAGAGAUCAGUGCUGUCAACCGUGCUCCAACGUACUGGUCGACACUUCGUCGUUUCUUUUUGUCGAAGAGGGCUGCGUCGAAGAACUGGGCCAUACGGGUUGUUGAUGCAUACGGGGGACCUCCAAGUCGGCAGCGAAUUUGGGAUGUGUCUUUGGAAGCUUGGAUUUUCCAUCUGACAUGUAGUGCCUUUUCAUCCAUACAUACCAGCCAUGUUAGGCUGAAAUUUGGAAGAUGCUUGUUUGUUCUAUAAUUAUAUAUUCUAUAUGGUUUCAGACACGCACUCCUUCAAUGGUUGGAUUCUCUUGUUGUGUGCAACACCUCCCACGCUGUCCCACGCUCGUUUGACCUGCAACUGCUUCGCAAUAUCACUGUUGGCUGAGACUUCCCUUUGACGCGUUGUUCGUGCAUAGCAAGAUCGGACCUCAUCGCGCAGCAUGGUGCAAACGCGGCAGGAAAUGAUCGAGGCU